AUGAGUGAAACAGUGGCGAAAAACAAUGACGACUCGCUGAGGACAACAUCUAACGGUGCACUACUAGCAAAAUCAUCUCUGGAUGCCAAAACAGGAACUUUCUCCCAAAUAUUCCAACAUUCUUGCAUCAGACAGAACUUUGAUUUAGUCUGGCUUGAUGAAAACCUCGAUGAAAAAAAUAUCAAAUAUAAGAAAUUAGCCGAAAGCUUGGCGAGCAUCAUCAAAAAACUCGACGUGUUCAAUGAUACCGACAAUUGUAUCAAAGAUAUUCAAAAUAUUCGAAGUAAAGAUGUUUACCUGAUCAUAUCCAAUCCCGAUGAAAAUAUACUCACUCGCACUCACCAAACCGAACAAGUAAAAGUAAUAUUUAUACUUUCUGAGGGACGUACAGCUGACCCAUCAUGGAAAGUCAACCGGCAGAAAAUUCAAGACAUCUGCACGAGUCUGGAGAAGCUGUGUGAAUCUAUCAAAGAAACCGCUAACACUUUCGAAAGUGAACUUGAAGAGUUAUGUCUUCUAUCAAACGAAGAGAUGAAGAAAGACGCUUUAGAUAAACUCGACCAAGCAUUUAUCUAUACUCAAUUGAUUAAAGACAUUUUACUCAAGUUAGAAGACGAUAAUCGAUGCGUGCAGAAAUUAAUUGCGUACUGUAAAGAAAAUCAAGAUAAUAUAAAAACGAAGCUGGAUGGUCUCUCGGAUUUUGAAAAUAGCUAUCGAAUAGAGGGAACACCAAUUGGGUGGUAUUCGAAAGAGAGCUUUAUCUAUUAUUUGGUCAACGCUGCCUUGCGUAGUCAAGAAUUCGAUCGGAUCAUUCGAGUAGGCUUUUUUAUCAAAGAUGUUCAUGAACAGCUUGUCAGAUUACAUGAAGAACAAGUGUCAAGCAAAGAUCCAACGUUUCUUGUUUAUCGUGGUCAAGGAAUGGAGAAAAAGUAUUUUGAAAAAUUGAAAAGAAAUAACGGUGGACUCUUGGCUUUCAACAGUUUCAUAUCCACUAGUAAAAACCCAGGUGUUGCUGAGGGUUUUCUUAAAAGCGCUCUGGAAAAGUCUCCAAUCGGUAUCCUGUUCAAGAUUACUGUCGAUCCAUCAAUUACAUCAGCAGUUUUUGCUGAUAUUUCCAAGUUUAGCGACCAUGGAGCAGAAGAAGAAAUUUUGUUUUCCUUCGGUACAGUCUUUCGUAUCAACGAGAUCGAACAACGAACGGGCGAUUCAAGAAUUUGGGAUGUAAAACUUCGGUUGACUGGUCAUGAAGAUAAAAAACUCAAUGAUUUGAUGGAGCAGAUACGACGCGAAAUAGAAGGACCGACACCCAAAUACAAGUUAGGCACUUUAAUGAUCAAAGUCGGUGAAUACAAGAAAGCAGAAGAAAUCUUCGAUGAUUUAUUAAAACACGAAAAAGACCAACAACACAAGGCUGAACUGAAUUAUCAACUUGCAUCAAUUAAAUAUAAACAGGGAGAUCUUGAAGGAUCCUUGGCGCAUUGUCAUGAAGCUGAACGUCAAUAUGAAAAACACCCAAACGCUCGUGUUAAUCUGGCUACAGUAUAUGUCAAUUAUGGUUUAGUCUAUGACAGUCAAAGUAACUAUAAAACCGCAUUAGACUACUACGAGAGAGCGCGCGAAAUUUAUGAAGAAAAUCCAUCGUCGAAUCAAUCACAUAUAGCUACGUGCUACAACAACAUUGCAUCAUUGCAUGAGCAGCAGCAAGAUUACGAUCAAGCUUUAGAAUAUUAUAAAAAAUCAUCUGACUUCUAUGAAAAACAAUUUCCUUGCGGACAUCCCGAUCUAGCUGUUAUAAAGAAUAAUAUUGGAUUGGUGUAUAGGAAGAAAAAGGAUGAUGAACAGGCUUUGCAAUACUUCAAAAAAGCGGUGGACAUUGGCUGUCACAUUUUGCCUCCUGAGCAUCCGGAUCUGUCAAUAUACAAAGCGAAUUUGAACAGCACUAAAGACAAACUAGAUCAUGAUGAAUAA